AUGGCAUCCGUUCUGGAGACGUCAGACGUCCCAGUGUCACGUGGUCUCUGCACUCUGGCCGUCAUCCUGUCUGUCAUCGCCCUCUGGGAAGCUCGUCACGGGAAGAAAAGGGGAAUUCCCGGACCAUGGGGAAUCCCCGUGUUGGGCAACUUGUUGCAGCUGGGAAGAAAACCGCACAAGACAUUGACGACUUUCAGACCCUGGAGGCUGGCACAUCCGGAAAAAACAGUCAGUUUUAUCAACCAGACCAAUCUCCAAUCGCCCCUCAUGUGGCUAAUCUCGCAAUCUUCUGGCAUGGUAGUACACGUACAGUUCUCUUCAUGGCCCAACAGGAUCGCUCAAAAUGCUCUGGCUAGUUUGAGCAACAAGAAAACAAAUCCAAUUGAAGCCACUAUCGCAUCAGAGGCCGACGUUCUCGUGUCCCGGCUGUUAAACUCCAAUCUCCAACCCAAGGAUCCACACACUGAGAUCUACCUGUCUGUUGGGAGCAUUAUCUGUGCCAUAUGUUUUGGCAAGAGGUACAGGAAACUACAGGAACACCUCACAACCUACGAUCCUAAUGAAAUUCGUGACGUGACUGAUUGCUUGAUCAAGGCCACAAUCCAGACGCCUCAGGAAGAAAAAGAGGCUGUAGGAUUAACAGAUGAACACAUUUUGACGACUGUCCAGGAACUCAUUGGGGCUGGAUUUGACACAAUAGCCAGCACACUGCAGUGGGCCGUUCUCUACAUGAUGUCAUACCCUGACAUACAAGAAAAGGUGCACUCAGAGAUUGUAUCCCAAAUUGGACAAGUUCGGCCACCAACACUGAGUGAUCUCCCCAACCUUCCUAUGACCGAGGCCACGUUGUUGGAGGUGCUCAGGCAUUCCUGCAUCUUCCCUUUUGCUUUACCACACAGCACGACCAAAGACACAGAGCUGGAUGGCUAUGCGAUCCCUAAAGACACCUUGGUGUUUGUCAACCUAUGGUCAGUCUCGAGGGACGCUGAAUUCUUUCAAGAUCCUGAAAAAUUUGACCCAUCCCGAUUCCUUGAUGUCUCUGGAAGCGUAAUUGACAAAGCAAAAGCUGACUUCUUUCUUCCAUUUGGAGCCGGCCGCAGAAAAUGUCCAGGAGAGCAAUUAGCGAGAAUGGAGCUUUUUAUGUUCUUUGCCCGAUUGUUGCAGAAAUGUGAGAUGAGAACGCCCAAAGGAGACAAUCCAAUUAUUGACAGCAAAUAUGGAUUGACCCUGAAACCUGUGGAUUUCAAAACAGUAUUUACCCAAAGAUGA